GGCGCGUCGCUGAGGAGCGGGAGCAUGGAGGCUGAGGCAGCAGGCGGAGCCGCAGGCGGUUACCCGGUGGAUGUUUUGGAAGAUGACCCCGAGGCGCACCGGGAAGCCGCCCUGGCGUACUAUGCUGCCCUGCGGGAGGGGGCGCAGCGCACCGCAGAGGUCUUCUCUCUUCCCUCCGGGGAGCAGAUUAAACUUGAAGCUUCAUCUGUUCGCCUUUGCACUGUGCAUCGUGACGAACCUCAACAUAAAAUCUUGGUCUUGGUCAACCCCCAGGACACAAAGACAGUCGUGGCUGUUUACGCGAAGGAGUCCUGGUGGGCCGCCGAAGACGCGCUGAGGACCUCGGACCCUGCCAGAGACGGGCUGCUGAAGGUUCAGUCAUUUGGGGAAAGGAUCGUGCUUUUCAUCCUCAACGUUGUUGUUUUUGGAAGACUGGAGAGAAGACUGGAUGACGAUGACAUGUUUUUCUUACCUUACUCUGGGAAGGAGGAGGCUAAGAUCCUGUGGAGGGACGGAGCAGCUGUUGGAUUUUACACAACCAAAGCGAAAGGCAGCCUCUGUGGCGAUGGCACAGGUGCGUGCUACCUGCUGCCCGUCCUGGACACCGUGUUUGUCAGGAGGAAACACCGGCGCCGAGGCCUGGGCACGGCCAUGCUGUGGGACUUCUGCGAGACGUUCCGCGAGGAGGAGGCCCUCGGCAUCAGCCGGCCGAUGUCUCCCGCCAUGCGCUGUGUCUGCAGCAAGUUCCUGUUGGCCCACCCGGAGCAGCGAGGGCGCCUGUGGGAGGCGGAGCCCCCCGGAGCCUGGGGCCAGCGAGACAGCAUCUGGCUGAAGGUUCAGCUUCAACAGUCAAGGCUUCCACACCCUCUCCCAGGAAACUCUGAGGAGGACGUGAGCAGGCGCGAGCAGACGUCUCAGGACGGUGGAGCCAGACAGUCCAGGGACGGGGAAGGCAACAAGGAGAGGACCAGAGGCGGAGAACUGGAGGAGACGAAGGAAGAUCAAGAUGGUGCGGCGGGAGAAGCCGCAGCGGGGCCGCCCGGGAGGCACCGCCGGGCCGUGCCAGACGGGAAGGAGGCCUAGAGGACGGCGGUGGACAGGCGCGCGGGGGGCGUGGUGGAAGCUCGUGCUGACCUUGCUCCUGACUCCCAGAGGCCCGUCCGGUGGCCCGGGGCACGAGGGUUUGUGUGACCUUGAGCGCCCAUCUGUCCUUGCUGUGUCUUCCUCUGUGGUCUUUGAGGUGCGAGUAUUUAUUUCCACAGGCUCAGACCCCGGCAGCUCCCUCGUUAGGCCGGAUAUGGUGCCUGCCAUUCAACACGAACUUGGGACGUCUGCGCUGGAACUGCACGUGUGCGCCUCCUCUGCAGGGCAGGCAGCUCCCAGGAGGGCCGCGCCUGGGCUGGUCUGCACAGCAGGGAGCCCUCAGGGUGCCGCUCCAGCCCCGCGGUGACCGUGACAGCAGACACCGAGGGGACUUGCGGGAGAUGCAUCCCUUUUCUGGAGAAGCUCAGUCACGUCACAGCUCCCUGAGGAUGGGGUCUGGGCCGCCUGUGCACACCGUUGGCCCUCGCCGCUGCUGUCUGUCCUCAGAGGGUGCUCCAGCCGGGCAGACUGUGACACGGGUAGCAUAUUAGUGCCUUGAAUGUGACCGAGCCGAAUGUGACACAGGCCUCCCCAUUCUCAGCCUCUGACACAGCCCCGCCUGCGCCAUGUACUCACUCACCGUGGGAUUCAGAGCGAAGCCGAGGACUGUGCCCCCAGCCCCUGCUACUUACACACUCAUCCAUGUGUCCGUCCGUCUAGCCACCUGUCUUCCAUCCGUCCGUCCACCCAUCCGUUCACCCAUUCAUUCAUCUACUGUCCAUUUGUCCAUCCAUCAUCCAACCCUCAUCCACCUACUCACCCACCCCCCACCUGUCUGUCCAUUCACCCCUCCGUCUGCAUGUUUCUGUCCACCAGUCCAUUCACCCAUCCAUCCGUCCAUCCACCCAUCCUGUUGUGCAGCAGACGUUCAGUGUGUGAUGCAUUGUGGACGGCGAACAUUGUACUGUCCCACACGAAUCAUUGCUGCUUUGUGUUUAUGUGACAAUGAACUGAAGGGAGCGUCUCGGUUUGGUGAGGUCUCUGUUCAAUAAAAGAGUUCCC